AUGCCGGCUACUCGGAAGUCCCAGGGCGCGGCCCAGCCUGAUGGCUCUGCCAUUAAUGACACCGCGUCAGUGCGGACGCGGAAAGAGAUUGAGGUUUUGUGCCGCAAAUGGGGCGUUCCCGUUGCGCAGUUGACCGAUUUCUUUGGCGGCCGUGGCACCGACGUCUUUACGCCGAAAUUUCUUUCGUGUCUGCGCGAUCUCCGCGUCCGAACAUCGUGGUCGCUCGCAAAGACCCUUCUCCAACGGUCGCGGACAAAGACUGGGACCUGGCAGGUCCAAGACGUCAAAGGCGCCAUUGUGCUAGCCGAAAUGGAUCGCGAUUCCAAUGCGCAUAUCGCAACGAGGUCUUCGCGAUCUUCUGGCCUACAGCCUGCUUAUGCUUCGUACCUCUCCCUGCAGACACCUCAAACCCCCAGCGAAACGCUCGACAAGGUCGACAACGUAAAGGAUAUCUACGAGAUGCCCGAUGAUCUAGACGACACCCGAACCCUUUCGCGGCGACGAGCUAGCACCAGAUACCGUGUCUCGAACAUCGGGCCACCCUCCACUAAGAAAGAAGACAACGUCGGACAAGCUGAACAAGAGGCGGGUGCCAGCUCUUCGAUGGAAGAGACCCUUGUGGACAGCCCAGCUACGACAGCGAAGCCUCAGUCAGCGUCCAAAUCGCGUCUCAAGCGGUCCAUUGAGGAUAAUGACUACGAAUACCCUGCCCCGAAACGAUCCGCGGCGACUACCAAGUACGGACGAACGACACGCCGUUCCCUCAACAAACAACCAAGCCCCGUUCUUGAUUCGUCGCCUCUGUCUUCGGUCCACUCGAAGGACGUUGCUCCGGAGGAGAUCCCCGAAUCUGAUGUUGAGGUUCCUGCCCCUCAAAAUGGCGUGAAAGAGGGCAAGCACUCGGCAGAAUGGCCUCGAUCGUUCGCCCAUACCCUAGGUCCUGGGGAGUGGCUCAAUGACGAUGCCAUCUACGUACUGCUCACAACUUUUGCGUCAUGCGCUAUCGUCAAAGGCCGGCACAGAACUGCCGUCGUGGAGCCCCUCCUUGUCACGUCAACACGAAAGACCCCGGUUCGGUCACUCAAGACCUUACUCUUGGACAACCCGCCCGAUUUUCUGAUUCUGCCCGUCCAUCUUCAGAACCAUUGGGUUCUCAUUGUUGUUCGACUCUCGGACUAUCGGGCAGAGUUGUUGGAUUCCAUGCCCUCCAAGUCGAAUCGGGUGAAGGCGGGUCAAAUCUACAAUCGAUUUGCAUCGCUCUAUCUACCUGAAGGCCCUGACAGCGUGCUCGUCGAAGUACCUAGCGCAGAACAAGACAAUGACUAUGACUGCGGGGUAUUCACAAUUGUCAAUGCCAUUCACGCCCUCAUUGGAAGGCCGCCUCCCAUGACCAUCUCGGCCGACCCGUGGCGCAAAGUCUUCAUGCUUCUCUCUGAUGCGGGUACCCCGGAUUCCCAGACGUUCGCCGAGUACCUAGAGCUCCCUACGCUGGAUGAUGUCCCGACAACUCAGCACACCGAAGGCAGGGACAUCGACGUCUUCCACGAACUGCGCAAGACAUGGUCGUCUCACUUCGAAAAGAGAAUCGCGUAUCUCUCUGGUCGAAUUGGACAGAUCAAGGAGCUGGAGGACAUCGGAACGAUUCUAGAGACCCUCAUCAAGCCACCCGCCGAUCUCGAAGCCACCUCGCCGGACUUGGAUGCGUCCAAUGACCAUGACGUGGAACCAGAAUCCGAGGUUGAAAAGGAACUUCGAAACUGCGAGCGUCAGCUGGAGCUGCGUAUCGAGCUGAGCCAUCUUCCAGGCUGCGAGUUUGAGAGUGACAACCUGGCGCCCUUGCGUGAGAAAGUAGCCCGUCUCAAGUCGAAAGUAGGGGGCGUUCAGAGUCGUAAGGAGGCCCGUCAACGGCUGCUUUCCGUAAUUGAAGUAUUGGAGACUUUCAAGGAAGAUGCCAAGGUGCCGUUCGCAACUCUCGGUGGCUGGUUGGCUGAGUAUAGAGACCUAUACAUUGGAACAACAGCGGCAGCGGCGGAAGGCUGA